AUGUCACGUCAAUUUGGAUCGCUUUAUAAUGGAACUAGUGGAGGAAGUAUUGAUCGUUCUUCGAUCGUACAAAACCGUCAUGUAUCAUUAGCUAAUAUAGCAACAGCAUUUAUAAGUGAACGAAAAUCUUCCUCACGUCGUCAAAGUAGUGCUCCAAGAAAAAAACGUUUGACAAAAAAAGGACAACAAAUAUCAACGAAAAAACGUUCUUCAAUUUAUUCAUCUGGAACAGAUGAAAUAUUAGGCCGCCGAUCAUCAUUAGAAAUUAUGCAAGGUGGAAUUUCAACAGUUUUUCCACAUAGUGAUACAACAACUAGUGCCGAUAAUAAACAUCGAUCUGCAGUGUCAUCAUAA